GCUGAAAGCAUUCAAUAUCCAAUAUUCAACGUUCAACAACGAGGUCGACUUGGAGUUAUUCAAUCCACAGUACACACCGGAAUCCCCGAUGUUCGGGGACUAUUAUGGCUUUCAAUGCAGAUGCACCUUGGAGUCUGGACUCGGCCCUAGAGGGAAUUAAUGACUCGGACUACUAAUGAUUCGUCUAUCAUAUCAUGAUGACGGUGGUGGGGCAGUGGCAGGCAUUGAGGUCUGAGGAUCAUCAAGUGGUAAAAUACCGCGAUCUAGGGAAUUGAUGAAGUUAGACCUUGUGCUAACGACAGGCACGGGUGAAGGCUCCACAUCAUCGACCUUCUCAGUGAGCGCUUUUUGCCUCACAUGUUAGAUCCUGCGUGUUGUUCUUCGAUCACACGUGCCCUUCUAACCCUCAAAGUUUACAAAAAAGGGCUUCUGUUAUCAUCCAAUCUCGAACGUACGGGUUUCUCCCCAUUACCACCAUCACCGAAGAACACCCAGAAAAUGUCUGACCGACGCGCUGCCUUGCUUAACAAACGGUUCUAUGAUGUUCUCAAGGGCAAAGUCCCUAUCGAACCACGAAACUGUCAUUUGUUUCUCGAUUCUAUAUGUUGCCAACCAGACGUUGCGGUGUGCGUUAAUAAAAUAGUGGGAGAAUCAAAAGGACCCUCUAUUGUGCAGGAGGCAAUGCGACUGGACCUGUCAACGGAGUUUAUGAAUGGUAUUGGUGCUAAUGUUCUUAUAUAUCUCCUCCAGGCCACAAGCAUCAGCAGCAACGUGCUGGAUCACCUGUUCGUCCAAAUUGUCGAACCAGAUUUUUUCUGGUCGGCAUUUGGUCACGCUUUUGCUCAUGGAGAGCUACUCGAAAAAGCUCAACUUGCCUUCGCCAGCCUCCUCCUCCGGUUGUUGAACCUCUCGAACCACGACACAACGCCCUAUCUUGAACUGGCUGGCAGGCCAAAUGUGCUCCCCAAACUCACCAGCUCUGCCAGCUUGGAAGUUCGGCUUAUCGGAGAGAAGAUUAAACAUAUUCUUUCGACGUAUGGCUCCUCGGCCCCUCCCCCGGCUGCCAAUGGCCCAGGCGGACGACAUGACAACGAUCUUGUCAAUUUUCGCGACAUCGCUAUCCUUCCUACAGCCGACGAAAUUGGAUCCAAACAACUACCAUUCUUGCGCCGUAGCUCGGAGUUGGAGGAUGAAUCCGGAGAAAGCACUCGUACCGCGGAUUACCUCGACAAUACAUUUCGACUUCUUCGUGAAGACAUGAUAGCAGAGAUGAGAGAGGAACUCCAGGCGCUGGAAGGAAAGAACGUCAAGCGCCACCGCGCCAACCUGAUAGACGGCGUUAUACCCAAAGGCGUCUACCAUGGCACUGAUGAUCGUAGGAUGCUGUGGGGAAUAACAUUGGAGUGUGUCGACGACCUGCCAUCUCUGAAGCGCAUUCCCGCGAAGGACAGGAAAGCGUAUCUCACAGAUGAUCAUACUGGCUCCAAGAUCCUUCGUCACCAAUCACUAGUUUGCGUGGUGGUUGAUAAGGAAGUAGUCGGCUUUGGCACUGUGAACCGAGUGGAAGAUCUCUUGGCCCGCAGCCCCCCUAUUGUCGUUAUUCAACUAGACGGGCGGGCGAGUACAAGCAGAACCAUCCUCCGGCUCCGCAAUGCCAAAGACGCGAAGCUCCUACAGAUUGACACUGCUCUCUUUGCUUUCGAGCCAGUGCUCAAGGCAUUGCAGAAGACUCAGCACAUCCCAGUAUCCGAUGAGUUGCUGUUCUGGAAGAGUGGUGUUACUGUGCAGAGUCCCCCACGGAUGGCUGGCGCCAUUAUCACGGCCAUCGAAACCAACCGUUCUGGAAACUUGCAACUCUUGCUUCAGACUCCCGACCCCAUAUAUUUGGAUCGCUCACAAGCUUUGUCGAUUCUUUCUGGCCUGACACAGAGGGUGUCUUUGAUACAGGGUCCUCCAGGGACCGGAAAGUCGUUUGUGGGCGCCCUCUUAGCCAAAGCUUUACACGACUUCACUGAUCAGACGAUUCUCGUUGUCUGCUAUACCAACCAUGCUUUAGACCAGUUUCUCGACGAUCUUCUCAAAAUCGGCAUUCCUGACGACCACAUGGUUCGACUCGGAGGAAGAGCCAAACCGCAACUGGCACAUCUCAACCUCUUCAGUCCUGGCCAGAGAACGACCCAGCCCCCGCGGACUAAGGCGGAUUGGACCAUGAUUGAUGAAUUCAAGACCAGAUCUAAUUUUCUCAGCAGCCGCCUUGACAACUCUGUUGCGGAGUUCAUGGCAAACAGGAUUCGUUAUGAGGAUAUCUUAACGCAUAUCGAGUUCGAGGACGAGGCUUAUUUUGAAGCUUUUCGCGUCCCCAAGUCAGAUGACGGCAUGGCUGUUGUAGGCCGGAAAGGUCGGGAGAUUGACCCAACGUAUCUCAUCGCGUUAUGGGAAAGAGGCCGUGAUGCAGGCAUAUUCAAACACGCAGCUCACCUGCGGACGGGAGAAUCGGCUCGCAUUUGGGCCACCCCCUUGCCCGUCCGUCAAAACUUGUUGGCGAAAUGGACGCACGACCUUCAGAAGCAGAUGGUAGAUGACAUUGGCGCUGUUGGCCGAGACUACAACAAUUGUCAAAUAGAUUUGACUAGAAAGUACAACGAGUCAUUGGUCGCGACGCUCAAGGCAAAACGGAUCAUCGCGUGCACAACAACAGGAGCCGCAAAAUUUACUGAAGACCUUCGAACUGCCGCUCCCGACGUUGUUCUUGUGGAGGAGGCUGGAGAGAUUUUAGAGAGCCAUAUUCUGACCGCUCUUGGCGAAAACACAAAUCAACUGAUCCUUAUUGGAGACCACAAGCAGUUGAGACCAAAAGUCAACAGCUAUGCCCUCCAGGUCGAGAGCGACCAAGGAUACGACUUGAACAGGUCGCUCUUCGAGCGCCUUGUUCUGAAAGGAUUCCCUCACGCUACUCUCACCGAGCAACAUCGUAUGCGGCCUGAAAUCUCCGCACUUGUUCGCGAACUCACAUACCCCGAACUUACCGAUGCUGCCGGCACUCGCGGGAGAGAUGAUAUUCGUGGAAUCCAAGACAACAUCAUUUUCGUCAACCAUGCUCACCCUGAGGACAAUGAGGGCAGAGUCAGCGAUCGCAGCGAUCUUGGUUCUGCGACUUCAAAACAGAACUCUUACGAAGCCGGCAUGGUUCUGAAGAUCGUCCGGUACCUCGCUCAGCAAGGUUAUGGGACAGAUAAUAUCGUUGUCAUAACGCCUUAUCUUGGGCAGCUAUCCAAACUUCGGGAGGCUCUCAAGGCAGACAAUGACCCGGUAUUAAACGACCUCGACUCUUAUGACUUGGUCCGUGCGGGGCUUCUCUCUCCCGACGCUGCAAAGGCAUCCAAAAGGAAGAUAAGACUUGCUACCAUAGACAAUUAUCAGGGAGAGGAAAGUGAUAUCGUGGUCGCUAGCUUAACACGAUCGAAUCCUGAUGGCGCCAUCGGCUUCAUGAAGUCCCCUGAACGUUUAAACGUUCUCUUGUCUCGGGCCCGUGAUGGUCUUAUUCUCAUCGGCAAUAUGGUCACGUUCGAGAACAAGUCCCCCCUUUGGAGUCGUCUAUUUGAUCUUCUCAGACAGGCGUCACACAUCUAUGAAGGGUUUCCCGUCAAAUGCGAGCGCCAUCCUGCACGGAAAGCCAUUCUGCGAGAUGCCAACGAUUUCGAUGAGCGAUGUCCAGAUGGAGGUUGUGCGGAGCCUUGGCGAGUGCCUUUUCAACAAUGUUCGGCGCAUCUCGCUGACCUAGCUUCUUUUAGUGGUACGAUGCUUAAUUGCAACGUGCAUCCUUGUCCUUCGAAGUGUCAUCAGCUUUUUGAUCACUCCAAAGUACUUUGUCAACAAUCGUUAUUUGGAAAAUGUGCGGCGGGCGUCCACAAAGUUUCCUGGAAGUGUCAUCAAGGGCCUCGCACAAAAUGCACUCCAUGCGAGAAGGAUACAGAGCGCGCUGAAAAGCAAUUACUACGCGACGCAGAACUCCAGGAAAAACGUGAUGCUGAGCAAGCUGCUCAUGAUAUGCGAAUGGCUGAAAUGGAUGCAAGACUUAAAGCCGAGGUCGAAGUUAUUGCAGAUGCCAAUAUUGCGAAGCAGAGAGAGGCUAUGCUUAAGCAGAGGGAACGAGAGAUCGAAGAAGCAAAAGUUCGCGCGCAGAAAACCACAGGUUCUUCAAAAGACGGUAGUGCAAAUGCAUCCAAGCCAACAUCCUCUCCCUCGCAGGAAUCCUCCCAACCUUCGUCUGCUCCAUCGCAACUUCCCAGUGCCCAAUCAAGCUCUGCCGCUCGUGAUGACUGGGAGUCGCAGAAGAGGCUCUUGGGCGAGCAGAACGAUGCGAUUGAUAGCAUUAUGGCGAUGACUGGACUGGAAGGAGUGAAGUCGCAAGUUCUACAAACCAAGGAGAAGUUAGACUUGAUGAAACGCCAGGGAGUCCCUGCGAACAAGGAGCGUCUGAAUCUUGCGCUCUUGGGAAAUCCAGGGACAGGGAAGACGACGGUCGCAAGGCUAUAUGCCCAGUUUCUCGAAUCGAUACAAGUACUUCCAGGAAAUGCAUUCAAGGAAACCACAGGAGCGAGCCUGGCACAUGAUGGCGUCGGAGGUGCAAAGAAGCUCAUCGAAGAUGUUAUGAAAGUCGGCGGUGGUGCCAUAUUCAUCGACGAGGCCUAUCAGCUAGUUAGCGCACAGGGUGGGUCCGGUACCGAUGUUCUCGACUUCCUGCUCGCGGAGAUGGAGAACCGUGUUGGAAGCCUGGUUUUCAUCCUUGCCGGGUACAGCCGUCAGAUGGAGAAAUUCUUCAAUCAUAAUCAAGGUCUUCCAAGUCGUGUCCCUCAUAGAUUCACCUUCGAGGACUACACUGACGAAGAACUCCUUGAUAUGCUCGCUGAUCUGGUGGAGAAACAGUUUGGAGGUCAGAUGAAGGUCGAAGAGGGCAUCCGUGGUCUUUAUGGUCGAAUCGCAGUCCGACGCCUGGGCCGUGGCCGCGGCCGCGAAGGGUUUGGCAAUGCUCGUGCACUGCAAAAUAUGUUUGCGCAGAUACGUCAGCGACAGGCUGCGAGAGUAGGAAAAGAGCGCAAGAACGGGUCAUUACCAGACGAUUUCCUGCUCGUGAAGGAAGAUCUUAUUGGUCCCAAUCCAGACUCCGUUCUUCCGAACUGCCCUUCAUGGACAAAGUUGCAAAAGCUCACUGGUCUUGAAUCCGUGAAGCAAUCUGUCAGCAACCUCUUCAACCUCAUUCGGGCGAACUAUCAUCGCGAAUUGGCAGAAAAGCAGCCUCUCGAUAUGGGCCUUAACCGGGUCUUCCUGGGCUCUCCAGGCACUGGCAAGACUACUGUCGCCAAACUCUAUGGUCAAGCACUGGCGGACCUAGGGCUUCUCAGUAACGGUGAAGUUGUGGUGAAGAAUCCUUCAGAUUUUGUCGGGCAACACCUCGGGCAGUCUGAACAGAACACUAAGGCCAUCUUGGAGAGCACUAUCGGAAAGGUCCUGGUCAUUGACGAGGCCUACAUGCUGCACAGUAAGAAUGGCGGUGCCCAGGACCCUUAUAAGACCGGCGUCAUUGACACCAUGGUUGCGGAGAUACAGAACGUACCAGGGGAUGAUCGUUGUGUCUUGUUAUUGGGGUACAAGGAGCAGAUGGAAGACAUGUUCAAGGCAGGUGAUGUCAAUCCUGGCUUUGCUCGGCGUUUUGCGAUUGAGGACGCGUUCAUGUUUGAAGACUUCACUGAGCCUCAGCUACAGGAAAUAUUUGAACGCAAGCUAAAGGAUCAAGACCUCAGUGCAACAGCGAAAGCUGAGCAAGUAGCGCUUGGUCUUUUGAGCCGAAGAAAGAACCGUCCGAACUUUGGGAAUGGAGGCGAAGUGGAAAACAUGCUAACUUUUGCAAAAGAUCGAUAUCUAAAGCGACAGGCAUCGCAACCUUCCCAAUUGUCUCAGGACAUCGUUUUCGAACCAGAAGACUUUGAUCCUGAUUGGAACCGUGAUCAGCACGCCGCAGCGAACUUGUCUCAGUUGUUCGAAGAUAUGGUUGGGUGCGAAGCUGUUAUUCAGAAGCUGGGAGAUUACCAGAACAUGGCCCAAGGGAUGAAAGCUUCAGGACUGGACAUGCGCAAGCAAAUACCUACCAACUUCAUCUUCAAGGGACCACCCGGAACCGGAAAGACGACCAUCGCAAGGAAAUUUGGUCAAGUCUAUUAUGAUAUGGGCUUCCUCGCAUCGACUGAACUGGUAGAAUGUUCGGCGUCGGAUCUCGUUGGGGAGUACGUUGGCCAAACAGGUCCCAAGACGAAGAAACUUUUUGAGAAGGCCAUCGGCAAAGUCCUUUUUGUGGAUGAAGCCUAUCGACUUAGCCAAGGUCUUUUUGCGCAGGAAGCCAUUGAUGAAGUCGUCGGGCUGAUGACCAACGAGAAGUUCAUGGGUAAGAUGGUCAUCAUCCUUGCAGGAUAUGAGAAGGAGAUGAAUCAGCUUUUGGGUGCGAACCCCGGGCUUUCCAGUCGGUUUUCCGAGGAUUUCAUUCUACCUAAUAUGUCGUCACCCCGAUGCAUCGAGCUGCUUGACAAGGAGCUGCGCGGGUCAAAGGUUGUCGUCCCAGGGCUCUCUGAUCCAUCGUCAUCACUGUACGAAGAGAUGCUAAGCAUCAUCGCAGAUAUGGCGAGCCUCGAAAACUGGGGUAAUGCACGCGACGUAAAAUCUAUUGCGAAAAAGGUGGCUCGACCUGCGUUCAUCUCGGCUGGGAAAACUCCAGGGAGUUCACUGGUCGUUACAGCAGAGGAGGCACUCAGUAUUAUGAGAGGUCAACUCUCCGAGCAGCGAGAACGUCUCAACUUGCCAAAUAAAACGGUGUCAUCAGCCCCCGGUGUCCCACAAAUGGCUACGUCAAGGAACAUUGCUCCUCCUCCUCCCUCAACCUCUCAGAGCAUGUCCACUACAGCUCCUCCAAAGCCCUCCGCUUCCAAACCCUCUCGUGAACGAGCACAGAAACAACCCGAACCUACCUCCAGCGGGGGAUCCCCGCCAAAUAUCACGACUUUGUCUCAGAGUUCAUCGCUUUCCCAGGCAAAUGACCAGGUGCAACGGGAUCCUGGUGUAGAUGAUGCCACUUGGAUGCAGCUGCAGGCGGACAAAGCAGCAGCGGAAGCAGCCGAAAAGGAUGCCGCUGAAGAGUUGCGAAAGCGUGAGAUUGCACAGAAGAAUGCCCUGAACAAACUGCGAGCUGCGGAAGCUACUGCUCGGAAACUCGCGCAGAAAGUAGCGAAGGACAAUGCCGCCAAGGAAGAGCUCAUGCGCCAGCGAGAGGCCGCUCGCAUCCGAGGGCUACAGGCUAAAGCCGCUCAAGAGAAAGCCUUAGCCGCGCUGAAGGAGAAGCAGCAAGAGGAAGAGAGGAGGAAGCGCGAAGCGGUUCAAGUACAGCAGAAGUUGCGGCAAAUGGGGGUGUGUGGAGCGGGCUAUGGCUGGGUCAAGCAGUCGGAAGGUUAUCGGUGCGCUGGUGGUGUCUGUUUCAUUUCAAAUGCCGAGCUGGGUAUCUAG